CGCCGUUGAAACGUCAUCCGAAAGCGACGACAAUAAAGCAGCGAUGAUGCGAACGUGUUGGUUAGUAGAAGUGGCAGGGGUCUUAUUUACGCUCCGGGGCGGUAGUAGGGGUCCCUUUUUUAAAAAAAAGAAUUGCAGUGUAGCCAGACAGCUUAAGACGUAACUUUGGGUUAUUUAUGGGCGUAUUAUGAGGGAUGUCAGGAUUCGGGACUAAGUCAGCUUAAUGUUUAUAUCAGUUUCUAGGGAACUAUUGUGCAGAGUGGCUGUUAGCAGUGAGCUGUAUUCCAGGUGCUUCUAGGUUUUAAUGCUGCUUUAGUUAAGGUUGAUUGAGGAGAAAGUGUAUCAGAAAGUGAGCAAAAGAAGAACGUCGAGUAGGAAAUAAGUUGAAUAUGCCUCCUAACAAGAAUAGAAACGGAAUACCUGACAGAUGGCUGGACUACCAAAGUGUAGGGAAACGAAUACCUGGGACACGCUUCAUUUCCUUCAAAGUCCCAUUGAAACAGGCCCUCACUCGCAGUCUCCCUCAGUCUGAAGUCUUUGGUCCAUGGGACCUGCUGGAUACAUUGACGAAACGGAAGGAAGAACUGGGUCUGAUGAUAGACCUGACCUUCACCACACGCUACUAUAAGUUAGAGGAUAUCCCAGAAUCCCUGCUGUGGGUGAAGAUCUUCACCGCGGGCCAUGAGGUUCCCGGCGAUGCAACGAUACUGAACUUCAAACAGGUGGUGAACAGCUUUCUGCAGGACAACAAGGACAACGAUAAGCUGAUCGGAGUCCAUUGUACCCACGGGCUCAAUCGUACUGGCUAUCUCGUCUGUAGGUAUCUCAUAGACGUGGACGGGGUCGAUCCGAAAAAGGCCAUUGAACUGUUCAACUCAUCCAGGGGCCACACCAUAGAGAGGGACAACUAUCUUCAGGACCUGAAGGCGGGGCCCAAGAGGAGCAACACUUUAAUGAAGGAGUGCAAACAGGAAAUGCAGAGAGGCCGUGCCUUGAGUCGGCCAUCUUCAAGCCCCACUGACAACAGGGAGGACGUCAGGGAGGACGUCAGGGAGGAUGUCAGGGAGGACGUCAGGGAGGACUACAGAGAGGACUACAGAAAGGACCGGCACUCGCACAGCGACGACCGCUACUCGCACGGAGGGCGGAGCCAAGGGUCCCACAAUUGGUCUCUGCGAGACCACCGCCCGACCCCUAACCGCGCCCGCUUGCCCGCACCCUACGAGGCCCCCGUACCCCCGUCCCGCUGGAGCCCUCACCAGCCCGAGGCCCCGUCCCGCUGGGGCCCGGCCAACCCCCCAGCCCACUCCCACCCCAGGGCCCAGGCCCAGUGGCGGGCGCCGUUCUACACGGAGCACAGCAGCCGACCCAGAGCCCUCCAGCCCGAGCCCGCCUGGACCCCCUCCUCCCACCACCACCACCACAGCGCCAGGAGUGGCAGAGACCAGCGGGACCAGCGGGACCAGCGGGACCAGCGGGACCAUCGGGACCAUCGGGACCAGCGGCACGCCACGGCCUCCGGGUCCCAGUACUCAGACCGGCCGCGCCCCCAACGCCCCCAAGAGUCGGACCGGGGCUUUUAUUUUGACGACGCAACCUCCAGUAGACAGACGGUGUUCUACCGGGACAACUACCGAUGACCGCCUCCGGGUGGCGCCUUUUUGUUUUAGCGUUGCCUUUUUAAAGGUUGGCUGACACGGCGGCUACAGGAAGUGACUCGAGGACACUACUGGUUUGAGCAAACGUUUGACGAGACAUUGACCGUGUUAUGGAUUUCGGGGGAAUACAUUUUAGGCAUUCAAGGGUCUGCCGACGACAGAGCUUGGGUCACACUACGGUUUAUUUCUCCUGCCCCUAAAACAUUUUAAUUUUUGUUCAUCAUGUGGCAAUGGGCCAAGAUCAACAGAUCAAGACCCCUUAUUUUUGCAUACAUGGCUCGAUCACCCAUCGUAUAUAUACCAUAAAUGUUUAUAAUAUAUACACUACCUUCUACUAAUUACAGUGUUGCCUUUAUAACAUUCUAAUAAUAAUUUCUCAUCUGGAAUAUAAAAUGUGUUUCCAAGGUCAGCCAUGUUUUCACACCCAUCUAACAGCCGUUUUCACGGCUGCACAGUGAAGGAAACGACCGAAACACAACAGAAGGGGGCGGUAACGAGGUUUCAUCAAGCCCCACUUUCUUUUAAAGAAAAUCUUGAACUUGGAUUUGAUUGUUUUUAUUAUAGAAAUGUUUUCUGCCUAAUUUUUUGUAAUGCUAGCCAUUUCUAGUGACAUGAAAUGUUAUUGUACUGUUUCUACGUUUGGUGGCUCAGCCAUGUGUGCUUUGUAUUGCAGGCCUAUUGAUCAAUUUACCUCAGUCAAUAAAGGCUUUUGAGGUGAA